GUCACUAUUCGCGAGUUCUCUGCUGCUGCUGUCGAAGCGUUCCUUCGCUUCUUGUACUCUGGUGUUCUUGAGGGUACCUUGGUGACGUUGGUGGAGGUUGCAGCAGUUGCAGACAAAUAUCAAGUCGACAAGCUCCACCAGCUUUGCACAGAAGCAUGUGAUAUCGCCCUGAGUCCGGAGACAGCAUGCCAGGUCUUCGAACUUGCGAACCGUCUGGGACUUGCCAGGAUACGCCGAGCAGCCAAGGAGCAGAUCUUGAUUUGUCCGAAGCAAGCCUUGCGCCUUCGCCCAGCCUUUGGCCCCCAGCUGCUGUCCGAAAUUCUGGAGUCCAGACUUCUGUGUGUUGAGAAUGAGGCCUUAUCACAGCUGCUUACAAGCUGGGGGAAUUACAAGAAGCGGAAGGCAAAUGGGGAUGACAACGAAUGCCAGGCUAUCAUUGCCAAGUGUCUUUCAGAGUUGGAAAGCCGCCAGCCUGCGCGGUGUAGUGUGGACGUGCUGGGAAGCUUAUGGGAGCUUCAAAGCCAAAAUCCCAAUGGAUACUUCCUGGGAUACUGGGUGACCUUGACUCUGGGUUCGCUCUCCACAGAAAUUUUGAAUCCCAGGGGGAGCCUGUUCCAGGACUAUCUCUGCAGCUGUGCCAGGAACGAGCCAGAGUGCCUGCGCAUGAGCGGGAGCUACGUGAUCUGGGCACUUCCACAUUUCUCAGUGUAUCUUCAAGACUUCUGCUUUCGAAGCCACGUUCCACAGACGGUGCAUUUCCAGAUCUUUUGUUCGCAGGAUGGUGCCCGCUGGCACUUGGCGGUAGCUUCUGACAAGCGCCGUAUAGAGGCAGGGACUCCAGUGGAGUGCAAUGCUCCCGACUACACCGUGAAGUACUUCAAGCU